CACAUCUGAACAACCAUGCUGGUGUUUGUGUGUUUUGUCUUCUUUGUGUUUAGGUACAAGUCCCUGUGCCCAGAGACAUGGCCUAACUGGAAUGGAAAGCUGUCUGAUGGUGUGUCCACACUUGUCAAACACAUGGGAUACAAGCCUGAGGAGUACAAACUGGGAAGAUCCAAAAUCUUCAUCCGCUUCCCAAAGACUUUGUUUGCCACCGAGGAUGCACUGGAGACCAGAAAACACGGCAUUGCCACCAAGCUACAGGCGGGAUGGAAAGGCUACUGCCAGAAGACCAAAUACCAAAAAUUAAGGACCUCAGCCAUUGCGAUCCAGGCUUGGUGGCGGGGCAUCCUGGCGAGGAGGAAGGCCCAGCGCCGGCGACAGGCAGCUAACACUAUACGCAGGUUUAUCAAAGGAUUCAUCUACCGCCACAAAGAACGCUGUCCAGAGAACGAGUAUUUCCUGGACUACGUGCGUUAUUCCUUCCUCAUGAAUCUGCACAGGAACCUUCCCAAGAACGUCCUCGACAAAAGCUGGCCCACACCUCCGGCUGCUCUGACUGAGGCUUCAGAGCUUCUGCGCAAGAUGUGCAUGCAGAACAUGGUGUGGAGUUACUGCAAGAAGAUCAACUCUGAGUGGAAACACCAGAUGGAGCAGAAAAUGAUCGCAAGCGAGAUCUUCAAGGACAAGAAGGACAACUACCCACAGAGUGUUCCCAAGCUGUUUGUCGGCACAAGACUCAAUGGAGAGGACAUCAACCCCAAAGCAAUACAAGCUCUGGGUAAUGAGAAGAUGAAGUACGCAGUGCCGGUCACCAAGUAUGACAGGAAGGGCUACAAGUCUCGCUCCCGGCAGCUGCUCCUCACGUCGAACAGCGCCAUCAUCGUCGAGGAGGGCAAACUCAAACAGCGCAUCGAUUACGGAGCCCUGAAAGGCAUCUCGGUCAGCUCUCUCAGUGAUGGUUUGUUUGUUCUGCACGUGCCCAGUGAGGACAACAAACAAAAGGGGGACGUGGUUUUGCAGAGCGACCAUGUGAUCGAGACCCUGACCAAGAUCGCCAUCUGUGCCGACAAAAUUAACAGCAUCAACAUCAACCAGGGCAGUAUAAAGUUUACAGCAGGUAAUGGGAAAGAAGGGAUCAUAGACUUCACACCCGGGUCAGAACUACACGUGGAAAAGGCAAAGAACGGACACUUGUCUGUGACGGCUCCGAGGCUGAACUCCAGAUGAUGGCCACCCUGACCGGACGUAGCAGGAACCCCCUAAGCUCCUCAUCCUCCAAUCACACAAACGCAGACCUCGCUCCGCUUUAGCCAAUCAGACGCCACCUGUCUCUACAUUUGCGGGCUUGUGCAUACAAUUAAAAUUUUAAACCAAAAAA